UUUUUGUCAGCUGUCUUUUCAAAACAUGUGAUAAGAGCACCUUCUUUGCCGUCCUCAACGAUGGCUUUGAAGGACUCCAUUCCCAGACCCCCUCAGCAACCCCCACUCAUUCGAAUGAAGGCCAUCCUAGAACGGAAUGUGUUCGACUCACAUUGUCACUUAGACCGCCUAUUCGGAGACCUCGUUCUCAAACCUAAGUAUUUCCAAACGUUCAAGAGAGAAAAUGCGGCCAUCAUGGGCGAAACCUUUGAAGGUUGUAUCACGAGCUUUUGUCAGCCAAGAGAUUGGCGUGAGAAGCCUUGGCAGUGUGUUCUCGAAGAAGAGGGGAUUUAUGGAGCCAUUGGGGUUCAUCCAAGUCGGGCCCGUGAGUAUGACGAGAACACAGAAGACGAAUUGAGGUACUUUCUCCAAGAAGAGCCCAAAAUCGUAGCCCUCACCGAAGUGGGAUUGGACGAAACCCAUAAGGUUCCUUUGCAAAUUCAAGAGGUGGCCAUGGUGAGACAAAUCCAAAUAGCCAUUGAAUUCAAGAAACCCAUUUGUCUUCACAUUAGAGGGGCGUCAGAAGCGGCUGCUUACGCAAUGCUGAAAACUGGACUCGCCAGAGAUUGGCCUCUCCACAUGCAUUGUUUCACCGAUAGUUAUGAGAUCUACAUUCGAUGGCUGAACCAAUAUCCGAAGAUGAAGUUUGGCGUCGUGCUGAACAAAGCCAACUUGGAAUUUCUAAGGCGAGUCCCGUUAGGACAUCUUUUACUUGAAACAGACGCCCCGUAUUUUCCUCCAAGAUCAGACCAUUUUAAGACCAAGGGAGAGUUUCUGAAGAAAAGGUCAGACAGACCCGUGUCCCAUCCAGGCAUGGUGAUUUAUGUCGCCACGGAGGUCGCCAAAGUCAAGGGGAUGGACGUCAAUGUGGUACUAGGAGCCAAUAGAAGGAACAUCCGUGAAAUUUACGGAGUAUGACCCCAAAGGUUCUUGGGUUCGAAUGGGUAUGGCUGGCGUUAUUGCCCUGUUUUGGCUCAAGCACUUGAAACGAGAAUCUAGUUGUUCAAUUGUUCAUUCAGCUAUUGAUGUGUCUCCUUUGUGGGUGCAUUAUAUUUAGAGCUACUGUGCUGCCACAUUUCGUGCGGUGGAAUAUUUUUUGUGCACGAUCUCCGAAAUAUGCGAGCGAGGACUGACUGUCAUUAUUCAAGAAGCAAUUUUCGUCCACUUAUAAAAGGGGUGCGUGCGUGUUUUCCGAAAUAUACCUAAGUAACGUUA